AAGCUCACCCGGUAGAAGUCUUGACUGACCAAUCGCUGGGUGCAGUGUUGCGAAAUUCAACGUCCUCCGGGAGGAUGGUGAAGUGGGCAAUGAUGUUAACUCAAUUCCACAUUGAGUACCGGCCGAGGUCGGCAAUUAAGGGACAGGCCCUUGCCGAUUUCCUAGUAGAAAUGACCAGUCUAACUCCAGACUUACCGGUCAACAAGCCAACUGAGCAAUGGUGGGAGAUGGCAGUUGAUGGGGCAUCCGGUCCUAGAGGAUACAGAGGUGGUGUCGUGUUCACCACACCAGAAGGAUUCAAGAUCUACCAUGCAAUCGUCUUCAACUUCAAGCUGACGAACAACGAGGCGGAGUAUGAAGCUCUGGCUGGAGGGCUCAGGCUUGCCCAAGCCCUGAAAAUCAGCCGGGUCAGUAUCAAAUCUGACUCUAGCCUGAUAGUAGGACAGGUGACCGGUAACAUGGAAGUAAGGGAAGGACGCAUGGCACAAUACAAGGACCUUGUACUUGCCCUGUUGAAAGGCUUCGAAGAGUUCAAGAUCGCCCAGAUUCCCCGGGCGGAGAACGCGGAUGCAGACCUUCUCUCCAAAUUGACGCAGUAUGCUCCCGAGCAUGUUUCGAAACUUGCCUGGGUAGAGAUCCUUGACCAUGGAAGCAUCGAGAAAUUGGAAGUCGACGCUAUAACGGUCGGAAGCCAGUUUGACCGGUCAAACUUGGUCGGGGCGGACGACCAUUGGAUGUAUGAUCUGAUUGAAUAUUUGACGGAUGGGAGCUUGCCAGAACUAGAUGACCGGGCAAGAAAAGUGAAGCUCAGGGCACCCCGAUUCCAGAUUCUUAAUGGAAAGCUGUAUAAAAGGGCAUUUGGGGGGCCACUCCUGAGAUGUCUAACCAAGCGGGAAGUUGAGCGAGUCAUAGCGGAAGUCCACGAAGGCGUAUGCGCAGCGCAUCAAAUGUCCCGUACGCUUUCCCAGCGAAUCAUCUUGUUGGGAUAUUACUGGCCAACAAUUGUCCAGGAUUGUGAAAGGUACGUCCAGAAAUGCAGGACGUGCCAAGUAUUCUAUAAGUAUCCUGGUAGACCGGCGACCUACUACCACCCCGUAUCGAAUGUCGUCCCAUUCGCUAGAUUCGGGGUUGAUAUCAUUGGAGCCUUCCCAGUCGCCCAAGGAGGGAAGAAGUUUGUAAUCGUAGCCAUCGAUUACUUCACCAAGUGGAUCGAGGCCGAAGCAUUGGCCAGCAUUACCACGCAACAAUGCAAGAAAUUCAUUUGGAA